AUGUCUUUGGAUACAUUUAGAAACGAGAUCCUUUCAAACUCUGACGAGGGUCGAGUUCAAGUCAAUCAAAGAGAUUUAAUUGAUAAGAUUUUAGCUCGAUACUCUUGUAAAUUUGUAAUAUUCCGAGAAUUAAUGCAAAAUUCUGAUGAUGCGGAAUCAUCAAGUGCUAAAAUUAUUUUUGAAACCAAUGGUAAUAAGAUUACAAGAAUAAUAUUUAAAAAUAAUGGAUUCGCUUUUAGACCUGAAGAUUGGGAACGCUUAGUGAGAAUUGCUGAAGGAAAUCCUGAUGAACAAAAGAUAGGAGCUUUUGGCGUAGGAUUUUAUUCAUUGUUUGCUGUUACAGAAAAUCCAUUUGUUUCUUCUGGCGGACAAGGUAUGGCUUUUUAUUGGCGUGGAAAACAAAUAUUCACGAAACAAGGACCAAUUGACGAUGGUGAUGACAAAGGUUGGACAACAUUUUUGAUGGACACUAGGGAACCUUUAGUGAUACCGAAUAUUGAAGAACUCUCAAAGUUCUUGGUCAAUUCAUUGGGGUUUACGGAUAACCUUAAAGAAAUCUCAAUGUAUAUUGAUAAUAAAUUAGUAAUAAAACUAUCAAAGAAAAUGCAAGAUCCGGAAUCGAUUGAUAUUACAUCUAGGUUUAAUACAUUUUCUUCAAAAAAUAUGUUUAAUCUCACAUCGGUAGAUCUUAGAUGUGUCCAACUAGACGUUGAAAGAUUACUUCUACCAAAAAAAAUAAAUAUAAAACAUCUUCGCUCAGAUGAGUAUAAUACGGAGGAAGCUUCUGCAAUAUUUAGAAUUGCCAAAGGAAGUUUGAACGUUAAGAUUAGUAAAGAAUUUUCAGCAAAAAUGGGACGAAUAACUAAGAAAAGUCCACCAAAUAAUACAUCCAUCCAAAUGAUUUUUACUGAAUUUGAUGAACGUAAUACAUCCAAAGAUUAUUAUAAGAAUCUUUCUCCUAUAUUUGAAGAUUUAAUUUCAUAUCCUGAACAAGGAAAAAUAUAUAUUGGUUUCCCAACUAAUCAAACAACCGGUUCUAGUUCUCACUUAGCAGCUCGUGUGAUUCCUACUAUGGAACGAGAGUUGAUUGAUUUUGCUGAACAAACAUUAGCUGAAUAUAACAUUGAAAUGUUAUGUCUAGGAGGAACAUUGAGCAGAAUUUUAUACGAAUAUGAAAUGGCUCAAAUGUCGAUCUUCUGUAAUGAGAUUAUCAGUUCUUAUAUUGAAAAUUAUGAAGAAUAUGAAGAAACAAAACAGCCUAAAAAGCGUGCACCUGAGCCAAAAAUGAAAAGAUCGUUAUAUAGAUGGCUUACAAAACGUUUCAAAUUCAGUAAUCAUGCUAAUUACACUUCUACCUUGCAAUUAACAUCUUCUCACCGUCAAUUGUUUGAAAAAUGGGCAGCACAUGCGAUAUCACACUUUACAUACAAUGCAAGUACUCCGAAUGUACGAGUUUCCGAAAUAGCAGAAAAACAAUUUUUUAAUUGUUUGGAACAGAACUUGCUUAUUUUAUCAACAAACGGUGUCCAUCCAAUAACUGAUGUUCGCUUACCUAAUCCAGAAAUGGCAGGAUUCAUAAAGACAGUUCCACUUGUUCCAAAAAAUUUGUUGGAACAAUGUGAAAUUUUUUUUAAUAAAGCCAAAGGUGCAAAUUUUAUAACAGAGUUAAGUUUUGAGGAUGUUCUGGUUGAACUAAAAAGUCGAGCACUUUCUGAAGAAGAAAUAAUUAAACUUUUUAAAUGGUGGAUUUCUUAUCUAUCAAAUGGAAAUCCAUAUGACACGCGGCUUUUAACAUUUACACAAUUCGGUGACAGUUCUCAAACACUAGAUACAAUUAAAUUUUAUUUGAAUCCACACAAAAUUUCCUCAGAUAUUGACAUUCCAUUUGAAGUAAUACCAUAUAUUAUUUCUAAAAAUUUCACUCAGCAAGAGCUUACGAAUGGUUUGAAAUGGAAAGAAUUACCAUUGGUUAAUUGGGCAAACUUUAUUGUCAAUGAUCCUGGAUUAGAAACAGACCCUAAAUUUGCUGAAAAAAUUCAUCAUGUUUUGGCAAAAAAUUUAGAAAGUAUUCCACAACAAGAUAAAGAAACUAUUCGUCUAUCAUUUAUUGCAAAAAGAUGUAUACCAACUAAAUUUGGAAUGAAAUUUCCUAAUGAAUCUUAUUUCGAAGAUGUUAAUCUAUUUCCUAACUUGCCAACGAUAAAAUUUCAAAACUCCACAUCGGGUAUUCGAUUUUUGAUGGGACACUUUGGAGUUCGUAAGAUUGUAGAAUUAAAACUCAUUCUUGAACGACUUGUCAAUCAAGAAGAUUGUAACUUUGUUGGAGUUGUAAAAUAUCUUGCUUCAAUAUAUGAUGAACUCAAAGAUAAUGAAAAGAAUAUAUUAAAAAACGAAUCAAUAUGGCCUAAAGAAGAUUUAUUAGGUUCACAAACAACUAAAAAAAUUCAACGUUUUGUUGCCAGAGAUUUAUAUGUACCUAUAAGAUCACUUCGUGAACUUGGUUUAUCUAUAAUUGAUUGGAAUGCAGAAUGGUCUAAUAGCUCAAAAGGAGGAAAAUUUUUAAUUGAAUUGGGUUUACAAGAAUAUCCCAAACUCGAAACAAUUCUUAACCUGGCGGUAUUUUCAAAUGAUCCUAAAAUUCGAGAAUUAGCUCUUAAAUAUUUUAUUGAUAAUUAUGAUAAAUAUUCCGUACAUUACAAACCUGCUGAAAUUAAUAUUGCAUUUUUACCUUGUUCAACAUUCAAUACUUACGCAAAACCUUCGGAGUGUUUUACUAAUGAUAGAUGCAUAAUAAUGAAUUUCAAAGUUAUACGUGAAGAUUUACGUUCUAAAGCAGAAAAAUUUGGUAUUCAACAACAUCCUAAUCAUGAUAAACUCGUAAAGAGGUUAACUGAGAAUCCACCACAAGGUGAAAAUAACGCAAUGAAAGUUUUUGAAUAUUUGUAUUCACGACAACACGACUUUACCGAUGCUGAUUGGAAUAUUCUUAACAAUUCCGAAUUUAUUCCAAUAAAAAAUGAGAACAAACAUAUAAAACCACGUGAUUGUUUCUUUAAACUUAAGGAUGAAAAAUUGAAUGAGUUUUUUCUUUGUGUUGAUUUUGGAACAAAGGCCAAUGAAUUUCUGUCCAAAUGUGGUGUUAAAAAGCAAACUUCAAAUGAUUUUGCCGAAAUAAAAGUUGAUCCAUCACAUAAAUUAUGGAAGUUAUAUGUAGAAAAAUUUCCAGUCAUCCUAGAAAACAUUAAUCCAAACCUUGAAAAAAUUCUCAACUUGGCAGCUCCUCCUACCGAUCUUAAAUUACGUACAACGGCUCUUAAAUAUUUUAUUGACAACUUUGAUAGAAAAUACGUUGGAGUUUACAAUCCAGGAACGGUCAAUAUUGCAUUUUUACCUUGCUCAAAUUCCAAUGCUUAUGCAAGUCCUUCAGAUUGCUUUAUUAAUGAUGAAUGUAUGAUAAUGAAUUUCCAAAUUAUACGUAAAGAUUUACGUUCUAAAGCAGAAAAAUUUGGUGUCCAACAAAAUCCUGAUUAUAAAAAACUCACAGAAAAGUUAAUUGAGAAUCCACCACAAAAUAAAAAUGAGGCAAAAAAAGUUUUUGAAUAUUUGAAUAAAUUUAAUUAUAAUUGGAAUACACUUAUAAAUUCUCAAUUUAUUCCAAUUCAAGAUGAAAAUAGUCCCAAUAACAAAUAUAUCAAGCCAAAUGACUGUUUCUUUAAACUUAAAGAUGAUAUCUUGAAUGAAUUCUUUCUCUGUGUUGAUUUUGGUACAAAGGCCAAUAGAUUCUUAGCUAAAUGUGGCAUUAAAGAACCAUCAUCAUAUGAUUUUGCAGGAUUAUCAGUUGAUCCAUCACAUAAAUUGUGGAAGUUAUAUGUAGAAAAGUAUCCUGUCAUCCUAGAAAAAAUUAAUCCAAAUCUCGAAAAAAUUCUCAAACUGGCAGCCCCUCCCAUUAAUCCUAAAUUACGUGCAAUGGCUCUUAAAUAUUUUAUUGACAAUUUUAAAAAAAAAUACGUUAAAAAUUAUAAACCAGAAGAAAUCAAUAUUACAUUUUUACCUUGCUCAAAUUCCGAUACUUGUGCAAAGCCCUCAGAUUGCUUUAUUAAUGAUGAAUGUAAAAUAAUGGGAUUCAAAAUUAUACGUGAAGAUUUACGUUCUAAAGCAGUGGAUUUUGGUAUUCAUCAAAAUCCUAAUUGUGCAAAACUUAUAGAGAGGUUAACUGAGAAUCCACCAAAAAGUGAUGAUGUGGCAAAAAAAGUUUUUGAAUAUUUGAAUACACAACAAAAAUGUUUUGUUAAUUCUGAUUGGAAGAAGCUUGAAAAUUUGAAGUUUAUUCCGAUUCAAUAUGAAAGUCAACCUAAUAAACUUUUUAAUCCACGUGAAUGCUUCUUUAAACUCAAAGAAGAAAGCUUAAAUAAUUUCUUUCCAUGUGUUGAUCUUGGUACAAAGGCCAAUGAAUUUUUGGCUAAAUGUGGCGUUAGAGAACCAUCAUCAUAUGAUUUUGCCGAAAUAUCGGUUGAUCCAUCACAUGAAUUGUGGAAGUUAUAUGUAGAAAAAUAUCCAGUCAUCCUAGAAAAAAUUAAUCCAAAUCUCGAAAAAAUUCUCAAACUGGCAACUCCUCCUACCAAUCCUAAAUUACAUGCAAUGGCUCUUAAAUAUUUUGUUGACAAUUUUGAUAAAAAAUACGUUGAAAAUUAUAAACCAGAAGAAAUCGAUAUUGCAUUUUUACCUUGCUCAAAUUCUAAUUCUUAUGCAAAGCAUUCAGAAUGUUUUAUUAAUGAUGAAUGUAAGAUAAUGGGAUUCAAUAUUAUACGUCAAGAUUUACGUUCUAAGGCAGGAGAUUUUGGAGUUCGUCAAAAUCCUAAUCGUGUAAAAAUCAUAAAUAAGUUAAUUGAGAACCCUCCAAAAAAUGUAAAUGUGGCAAAAAAAGUUUUUGAAUAUUUGAAUACACAACAAAAGGGUUUUAUUGAUUCUGAUUGGAAGAUGCUUAAAGAUUUAGAAUUUAUUCCAAUUCAACAUGACGAACUUAUUAAACCACGUGACUGUUUCCUUAAACUCAAAGAAGAAAGCUUGAGUAAUUUCUUUACAUAUGUUGAUUUUGGUACAAAAGCCAAUGAAUUUUUGGCUAAAUGUGGCGUUAGAGAACCAUCUUCAUAUGAUUUUGCCGAAAUAUCAGUUGAUCCAUCACAUAAAUUGUGGAAUUUAUAUGUGGAAAAAUAUCCGAUCAUACUAGAAAAAAUUAAUCCAAAUCUCGAAAAAAUUCUCAACCUGGCAGCCCCUCCUACCAAUUCUAAAUUUCGUGUAAUGGCAAUUAAAUAUUUUAUUGACAACUUUGAUAAAAAAUAUGCUAAGGUUUAUAAACCAGAAAAAAUCAAUAUUGCAUUUAUACCUUGCUCAAAUUUCGAUGCUUGUACAAAGCCUUCGGAUUGCUUUACUAAUUAUAGAUGCAUGAUAAUGAAUUUUAAAAUUAUACAUGAAGAUUUACGUUCUAAAGCGGGAAAAUUUGGUGUUUGUCAAAAUCCUAAUCGUGCAAAACUCAUAAAUAGGUUAAUUGAGAGCCCACCAAGUAAUACAAAUGUGGCAAAAGAAGUUUUUGAUUAUUUGAAUACACAACAAGAAAGUUUUACUGAUUCCGAUUGGAAGAAGCUUGAAAAUGUAAAAUUUAUUCCUAUUCAAUCUGCUAACAAACUUGUUAGUCCACGUGACUGUUUUCUCAAACUCAAAGAGGAAAGUUUGGAUAAUUUCUUUCUAUGGGUUGAUUUUGGUACAAAGGCCAAUGAAUUUUUAGCCAAAUGUGGCGUCAAAAAACCAUCCUCGUAUGAUUUUUCCAAAAUAUCAGUUGAUCCAUCACAUAAAUUAUGGAAUUUAUAUUUAGAAAAUUAUUUGAAAAUUUUAACAAAAAUUAAUCCCGACCUCAAAACAAUUCUCAACCUGGCAGCAAAAUCAAAUUAUCCUAAAAUUCGGGAGUUAGCUUUCAAGUAUUUUAUUGAUAAUUUUUAUACAUUCGGAAUGUUUUAUUAA